GCUUAUCAGGCCAAUCUAUGACUAGCAAUUUGAUCUAUUCUAAUACAGAAGAGGUGAGGGAGCACCUGCUGGUGACGGUGGAUGGUCCGGCGGCGGAUUCUUCGCAGCCGCCGCCGGCGAAGAUUGAGGUGCGCGAGCUGACGAAGGAGUCGGAGACGACGGGGGAGGCGAUCCUGCGGGGGGUGAGCGUGGUGGUGCCGGCGGGGGUGAUUGUUGGGAUCAUCGGCCCCAGCGGCAGCGGCAAGUCCACGCUCCUCCGGGCGCUGAACCGGCUGUGGGAGCCGCCCGCCGGAUCGGUGAUGCUCGACGGCCGGGACAUCCGCGACCUCGACGUCCUCGCGCUCCGCCGCAGGGUCGGGAUGCUCUUCCAGAUGCCCGCCCUCUUCGACGGAACUGUGGCAGACAACGUGAGAUACGGGCCUAAGUUGAAAGGGAUCGACCUAAGUGACGAAGAGGUGAAGAAGCUUCUCAGCAUGGCAGAUUUGGACCCUUCAUUAGCAUCGAAAUCGUCCUCCGAGCUCUCUGUAGGCCAAGCCCAGCGUGUCGCCCUCGCCCGAACUCUCGCAAAUGACCCUGAGGUGCUACUUUUGGAUGAGCCAACUAGUGCAUUGGACCCCAUAUCAACCCAAAAUAUCGAGGAUGCUAUUGUACGCCUCAAGAAGACUCGACGGAUGACGACUGUGAUGGUGUCUCACAGUGUCAAGCAAAUCCAACGUAUUGCCGACUUAGUGUGCCUUCUAGUGGCCGGCGAGAUUGUGGAGGUCCUUGAGCCGUCGCGCUUGUCUGAGGCUCAACACCCCAUGGCUCGAUGCUUCUUAGAACUGAGCACCUAGCAAACUUUCAAGUGUUUAUAUAUGGCUGCUGCAGGUGUGGUUCAAUAUUGUUGGAAAUUAAGUUUGUGAUGAUGUGUGUUCAGUGUAAAGCCAUUUGGUCGCGCUUGUGCUGAUGUAUAUGUUUUUUUAACUGUCUA